GGGGCGGGCCCUGCGCAGUUGGCGGGAAAGCAGCGGCUGCAGCGCUUCUGCGGACACAGACGGGCGGCGGCGAAUCCCGGCCAGGCAGCGGGCGCAACCAUGGACGCGGCGGAGGUGGAGUUUCUGGCUGAGAAGGAGCUAGUCACCAUUAUCCCAAACUUCAGUCUGGACAAGAUCUACCUCAUCGGGGGCGACCUGGGGCCCUUCAGCCCCGGUUUACCAGUGGUAGUGCCUCUGUGGUUGGCGAUCAACCUGAAACAAAGGCAGAAGUGCCGGCUGAUUCCUCCCGAGUGGAUGGAUGUGGAAAAGUUGGAGAAGAUUAGGGAUCAUGAACGAAAGGAAGAAACUUUUACCCCCAUGCCCAGCCCUUACUACAUGGAGCUCACCAAACUCCUGUUAAAUCACGCUUCAGACAACAUUCCAAAAGCAGAUGAGAUCCGGACCCUGAUCAAGGACGUGUGGGACACUCGCACGGCCAAGCUCCGGGUGUCCGCAGACAGCUUCGUGAGGCAGCAGGAGGCGCACGCCGAGCUGGGCAACCUGACCUUGAUGGAGAUCAACAGCAGCGGGGCCUUCCUCACCCAAGCGCUCAACCACAUGUACAAGCUCCGCACAAACCUGCAGCCUCCCGAAAGUGUCCCAUCUCAGGACAUGUAGAGGGAGGCCGUGGGCUUGUCAAGAAGGCCUCGAGUCGGCUGGCCGGUGGCCUGCUGGGUGGGGGGAGUGCUGAGGACGUAGUAGAGGUACUCGUUAUUUCUGGGGUUCUGGAACUGUUGUUCAAUGUGUGAAAAAACAUGUAAUGAAGGGAUGGACUCAUGACCUAGCUAGAAAGCAGCAGGUUUAUGCUGAGUCCUGACAACGGUGUGUAAUUCCACAUCUGACCCUGCUCUUGGGGAGGAAGCGCUGCGGCCGAACAAGGUGUUUUCCCCAGCAGAGUCUCAGGGCUCUGCACAGAACUGCCACACUGGGCAGCUUCAGUGACGUGGGGUGGUGCUUUUGAAGAGACACCCUAUGAGUGGCAAUGCAGCCUACGGCCCUGACCCUCAUCUCAGGCUUAGAAUCUAGGGGGGGAGGUCGCUUACAUGGGAUGGCAAGUGACGCUGACUGGUGUCGACAGUCCAAGCCCUGAUAUACACAAUGAAGAGGAAGUAACCCAGAUUUCUACUGGGCUCCUUACCUGCAGAACUACCAAGUAAAGGGAGCAGCCUCGUGGCUAAAGUGAUCUGACAGCAGACAGACAUGUAGCGACUUCAGACCAACACUCUGGGCGUCGUGUUGUCUUGGCUGCUUCUGGUUAAGGCUUAAAGGGUUACUGACCAAGAGGAAAGCCAGGAAAAGCUAAUCCCAUGUUCUCGAGCAUACGUGAAGGUGAGCAUGUGAUGCUGGGAGGGAAGGUCGGACCUAUCGCAGGGCUCUCGAUGGACUGAGGGGGGAGGCUCAAGAGAGCAGCAGCCGAGAGGGGGGAACUCCCUUUCUCCUUCCUAGGAUGCAUUUUCCAUUGUAGCAUUUCGGUGCUAAGUUUCUCACAGAAAGUACAUGACCUUGAGAGGGAAAAUGUCUAGAGUUACGCAGUGAAGACGGUCUGUAACCAGCUGGUUUUUGGCCGUGGCAUCGUGGGUCACAAGCAGUAUUGUGCUCUUGCAAGGUCACCCAAGUCUGGACUGUCUUCUGGUGUUUGCCCUUCAGUGUUUAAAGUCCAAACUUAAUAUUACUUGAGCACUGUUCCCGUUCCAAAUCGCUACCCAGAGUCCCUUCCACAGGCAUCUGGGGGUGGUUAACACGGAAGGGCCGGCCAUGGAGGGUUAGGACGCAGCCCCGGUGUCCUUCACGUACAGUGACUGCUUACGGAGCUGCUUUCAGGUGGCAGGACUUACCUUUCCACCUCUCACUCAGAAUCCUCAGGUUUAAUCUGGGGAAUCUUCCAGAGUGAGACCACCUGUUAACUGUGGAGGGUCAGGAGUCCCGCUAUCUUAGAUCUUGCCCCUUAAUCCCUUUUUAAAGCCUGGCUGAGAUACAACUGACUCUCUUCACGUUUUAUCUGUAGAGCUGUUUAUUUAUUUAUUCUUUUUGGCUAUAUCACAACAUAAAGAUUUUUCUCUUCACGUGAUUUAGGAAGAUUUUAUUUUUUUGGAUGUUGUCAGAAAUUACAGCA